AUGAAGAUUGCAUAUCAGCCACAGUCCUCAUCAGUAAUCAGGAUCCAUGCCACAUGUGUUGCAGACGUGGGGGAGUUUGGAAAGACUGUGAUUAUGCCAGCUGCCAAUGAGUUUGAUCCAGAGAUUGUCUUGGUGUCAGCAGGAUUUGAUGCUGUGGAAGGCCACGACCCUCCGCUGGGCGGGUACAAAGUCACAGCUAAAUGUUUUGGUCACCUAACCAAGCAAUUGCUGAAGCUAGCGGAUGGCCGUGUUGUGCUGGCACUGGAGGGAGGACACGACCUUACUGCCAUCUGUGAUGCAUCUGAAGCGUGUAUAAACGCCCUUUUAGGAAAUGAGCUGGAGCCUCUCCCGGAAGAUAUUGUGCACCAAAUCCCCAAUAUGAAUGCAAUAGCUUCUUUAAAAAAGACCACUGAAAUUCAAAGCAAGUACUGGAAGUCAGUGGAGCCAUACACUGUGCCAGUGGAUUGUGCUCUGGCUGAGUCUCAGAAACAAGAGAGGGAGGAGACAGAAACAGUUUCUGCUAUGGCCUCUCUUUCAGUGGAUGUUGAACAGUGCAUCCCUCACGAAGGCAGCAGAGCUGCUGGUGAGCCCAUGGAAGAAGAGCCAGCCUUGUGAAGUGCCAAGUCCUCCCUGAUAUUUCCUGUGGGUGACAUCAUUGUGUAUCCCCCAAAGCACCCUCAGACAUGUCUUGUCUGCUUCUUGGGUGGCACAGAUCAGAUGGAACAUAAACACUGGGCACAAAAUUCUGAAUAGCAGCUUCACUUGUUCUUUGGAUGGACUUGAAAGAGCCCGAAAGAUUCCUUAAAUGUAAUCACUACAAUUCUAGAGUUACAGUAAAACGGGCUUGGGAGAAAGAGCCUAGAGCAUGCUUUUUAUACGCUGUCUGACCCACUCACCAACACAAAUUGUGAAAUAGAGUAUUGCAAAAUUCUACAUGAUAGAUUAUAGAUAUGAGAAUUGCAACAGCCAGCAACAUACUCUGUGAACUCCAUGAAUCACUUUCUGACACUUUUUACUGGGUAAUUUUUUUCAUACUGUUAAAUUGUUAAUAGAAUUUGUUUUCUUUGCUCUGUUUAAUGAAGAAAAAAUCCCACCCUUAUUUUAUGUGCCAUUUUUUAACUUCCUCUAAUAAGUUCUUAGCUGAAUAAGUGAAAAGUGUUUAAAUUAUGAUGAGGGAUUUUAGCUAAAGGGAAAGCACUUCUUAUUGUACUAUAAAUCCCCCGAAGUACUGUGCUUGGUGGUGCUUUAUUUUCUCUUCCCUUUUCCUGGCCAUCCCUCCACAUUUCAUGUAAUCUUUUCUAUCAUAAAAACAUAUUCACGAUUCUCUAAAACAAGCGAUCUUCUGCCUUUAAGAAAAAGUUCUGUACCCUCUGUAGUUGACAGUAGCGCUCACCACCUGUGCAGCAGAGAUCAAGUAUGGAUAGCUUUUCAAAUGUGUUUUUAGUUUGUUCUGAAAUGUUUCUGCGUUCUGACUCCAAAGCAGCGAUCUUCAGUAACUGCGUGCAGCUCAUCUGAAGCUCAGGUGUUUCUGUGGAGGUUGUGGGGGUGUUUUUUACAGGUCGUGAUGUGAAUACGAACUGAUUCUUUUAUGUAGUUCUGCACCAAGAAAACUGUUGUUGCUUAAGAAGCUUCAAAGGGUUUAGACUUUAUUUUAGAUCCCCAAAGUGCAGCAAGAUCUCCCUGCAGUGUGACUUUAGCUGUUUAAUUCCAUGUUUGAGAACGUAACAUAGAGUUGUGCCUUUAGCUGAUAAUGAACGCUUAAACUGUUACACGUGUUGCCUUACUGUCAGAGAAAGAGAUAGGGCAUGUAUGUAAGACUACUUCAAAUGAAGAAAACUCUGCUACAGUAACUUUUAUUUUGUUUACAACUUUCUCACCUAAUGAACCCCGGGAUAUACCUUGAAGUAUGCAGCUUGCAGUGUUUGAUAGCUCGUUCAGCUUUUAAAAGCAAGUGAUAUUCAUUUUUUAUAUAUUUUCCAAAUUCAAAAAAAA